AUGGAGCCGGUCGCGACCUGGACCCCCACGAAGGUGGCAGCUUGGCUGAGAGGCCUUGAUGACUGCCUGCAGGACUAUCCUUUUGAGGACUGGCAGCUACACGGCAGAUAUCUGCUUCAGCUCAGCCCCCACCACCUUGAGGCUCUGACCGUGCGGCCUCUGGGCCACCAGGAGAUCAUCCUGGAUGGGGUAGAACAGCUCCGGGCCCUGAGCUCAGGGCUGCAGACAGAAAACCUGCAGAGCCUGACCCAGGGGCUGCUGGAGAGAACACAGGCCUUGCAGAGCUUAGUACAAGGCCGCCUGGAGGACUAUGCCAAGCCCCCAGAUGAUGUGCUCAGCGCAGCUGUGGAGCUGGUGCAUGAAGCCCGGAAUCUUCUCUUCUGGCUCAAGAGGUACCUCUUCUCUCACUUAAAUGACUUCUCAGCCUGCCAGGAGAUUGAGGAGUUGUGUAGGAAGCUGAGCCAAGUCUUACAAGAGAAUUGUCCAGCGGCUGAGAAAGAGAGCAAAGUGCUGACCAUUUGCGACCACGUGGCGGGGAUCUGCCACACCAUUCUGAGCUACAGCCCUGAAGAGCUGCUGGAGCAGAGAGCCGUUCUCGAGCGGGUACAACUGGAUGACCCUCUGGGCCUAGAAAUCGACACCACCAGCAACUUCCUGCACUUUGUGUCCCGCGUAGGCACCCAGGUCACCACUGAUCCCCAGCUGCAGAUCCUGCCUGGAGACGAGAUUGUCCAGAUCAACGAGCAGGUGGUGGUGGGCUGGUCUCGUGAGAAUGUGGUGAGGGAACUGCUUCGGGAGCCCGCCGGGGUCAGCUUGGUGCUGAAGAAGGUCCCAGUGCCAGAGACGCCCCCUCAGACUCCCCCUCCGGCCCUUGGCUCCCCGCUCCCGAGGAGCCCAUCUCUGGCUGCGGCUACACCUUCUCCCAGUGUCCGGUCCGGAAACGUCUUUGCCUUCAACCUGACUUCAGACCCGAGCCCUGGGCCCAGCCCUGCUUGGACAGAUUCAAUCCCCCCUGCCUCCCAACCCCUGCUCAUCUCUCCCGCUCCUUCAACCUCGCUCCCAGCACAGGGAGCAGGGUCCCAGGGGCUCCCAGAAACCCCAGACAAGAGUCCUGUUCCUGGUCAGAAGAAAUCAAAAGGCGUGGCGACGCGGCUGAGCCGCCGGCGGGUGUCGUGCCGGGAGCUGGGCCGCCCCGACUGUGAUGGUUGGCUGCUGCUGCGCAAGGUGCCCGGGGGCUUCAUGGGCCCCCGCUGGCGCCGCUGCUGGUUUGUGCUCAAGGGACACACGCUCUACUGGUACCGCCAGCCCCAGGAUGAGAAAGCUGAGGGGCUCAUCAAUGUCUCCAACUACAGUUUGGAAAGUGGGCACGAUCCGAAGAAAAAGUAUGUGUUCCAGCUCACCCAUGACAUGUAUAAACCCUUCGUCUUCGCUGCCGACACCCUGACAGAUCUGAGCAUGUGGGUGCGUCAUCUCAUUACCUGCAUUUCCAAGUACCAGUCCCCAGGCCGAGCCACUAUGCCUCGAGAGGAAGAUUGCUACAGUGAAACGGAAGCAGAAGACCCUGAUGAUGAGACUGGGUCCCGUGCAGGCUCGCCCAGUCCUGCACACUCGUGGAGUGUGCCCUCUGGAGACCCCACCCCUGCUGCCAGCCCUGCACAGGGCAGCCCCCGGACCUCGAUAUGUCCUCCAGCAGACAGCAGCGAAGGUGCACUGGAAGGCAUGGUGCGGGGCCUGAAGCAGGGCGGCGUGUCCCUGCUGGGCCAGCUGCAGCCCCUCACUCAUGAGCAAUGGCGGAGCUCCUUCAUGCGGCGCAACCGAGACCCUCAGCUCAAUGAGCGGGCGCACCGCGUUCGUGCGCUGCAGAGCACUCUCAAGGCAAAGCUACAGGAGCUGCAGGCCCUGGAAGAGGUGCUGAGUGACCCUGCGCUGACAGGAGAGAAGUUCCGGCGAUGGAAGGAGCAGAACCAAGAGCUCUACUCAGAGGGCUUGGGGGCCUGGGGAGUGGGGCAGGCUGAGAGCAGUGCCCAAGCCCUGACCUUGGACUCCAGAGAAUGUUCUUCGCCUUCCUUGUCCUCCCAUCCUGAGGAGCACACGCAGCUCUGUCACCCAGCCUCAGAGAGUAAUGUCCCACCUCCUGAUCUCUGACCCCAGCCAGCACCCCUACCCCAAAGACUGCCUCUGCACCCACCUCUGACAUGUGUAGGACCAAGCCUCCCGGACUGUGUUCAAGGUCAGAAAUAGUGCUGGUUCGGAGUGGCACCCCAGACUCUGCCACUUCUGUCUGGUGGUGCCAUUCCUGCUCCUCUGCCGCUAGUGCCAUUAAGUGAGAUGAAGUGGUACCACUCUCUCCUCCCUGGCUGGAGGUGGGACAGGAAGGCUGCCCAGAGUCUGCCUUCUCCCUUCCUGAGCCCAUUUACACAAGGCUGCU